AUGGUUCAUCCACGUCAGCAUUUAAGACAAAUUCAUCGUCAGAUACGAUCGGUUCCACAAGACGUUUUUGCACAACAAAUGGUGAAGGCUCAUUCAACUCAUUCAGGUCAACAUCGAAGACAAAUGCAAGUGUUAAAUGAAACAUUGAAACUUCACAAUUGGCAUCGUGCUCGUCAUUGCGUUCCACCAUUAAUUAUUAGUAGAACACUAAAUGAGAUUGCUCAGUCAUAUGCGAACUAUUUGGCAGCUACCAGCACAUUUGAACACAGUGGUAAUAAACUAGGCAAGGAAUCGUUAGGAGAAAACUUGUACAUGCAAUGGAUCAGUGAUGGACGAGUGAAAGUCAGUGGUGCGGCUGCUACGAAAAAUUGGUACGAUGAAAUUUCAUUAUAUGAUUAUAAUAAUCCAACUUACUCUGAACAAACGGGUCAUUUUACUCAAAUGGUCUGGAAAGAUACGAAAAAAAUGGGUGUAGGAGUUGCAUUAUCUCCCGAUGGAAGAGAAGUAUAUAUUGUAGCAAAUUAUUAUCCGGCUGGAAAUAUAAUUAAUCCGGGACAUUUUGCACGAAAUGUUCUACGACCAUCAUGCUAG